UUUGCUGAUAUAUUUGAAGUUCUGAUUGAGCCCGUUUCUGUAUUUUUUUAAAGGAAGGCGUUCCCAAUUACGUAAUCUGAAACUUCUUUGUAUAUGGAAAGGGCGAUUUUUUAGUCAAUUACAAUACCCACUUCUCCAUUUAUCAUAGCCCAAUUUUUAGAAGGGUUUUUCUUGAGGUUGUUUAUUUGAGAUGGCAUUUCUUUUUCUUCUUUUGAAUCCCUCUCUUUUGGGUGAUCUUUAUAGCUAAAUUCUAAUAAUUUGGGCUUUGUGGGUUUCUGCGAUUUGAGUUCUUGGGAAUUGCAUUCCCAACCAAAGUUUUAGAUUUUAUGAGGGUAGACGAUGUUUGACUUUCUUGAAUUUGGGCUACUAUCUACCGGUUUGGAGAAUUCUCUCAAAGUUUUGUGUACCAAUCUCGUUAUUUUUUCCUUUUCUUCUUUAAACAAGAAAAUCCGUUGGGUCCAAGAAACUCUGCAGGGCAUACUUUGUGAGUUUUAGUUCACUACUUAUAAGGUACUUUGAUCCAGGAUCUCUUUCAGUUCAUCCACUAUCUUUUUGCAGGAAUUGGAUGAGCUUUGCCAGACAAGAUGAACUCUGGCGUAAUCUUUUCAUUAAAAGGUGGGGAACAGAUCAGGCUAAUUUUUUCAGCCCUCUUCUUCCUAAAACUUGGAAGAUGGCAUAUGAAACUCAAGAUCGUUGUGAUCGAGUGGGAUUUGGCUUGACCAUUGCAUGUGAGGGAUCUGAUUAUUACAUUGUGCACCAAGGUGAGAUUCAACGCUGGUUGGGUUCCAAGAAAUCAAGAAACACUAACUAUGAUAGACCUUAUCUGGAAACAAUAGACAGAACUCUCAGCAUUCCAAAUGGCAGCGACAUAAUUGAAAGCGAUAAUACGGAAACAUUGACUGUUGAGAAAGGGCCAUGUAUAGGUCUUUUUGAUAAGAUACUUUUCUUUAUUGGGGACCUAGAACAAGCAUCCAGGCAAGUCAAACGCAGCCGGAUAUUAUGAAUGAAGGGAAAAUCUCAGUUGAAAGAAGGUAUAUAUUUGGUGUACAGUUUUUCUGUAACAAUUCCAGACAUUUUGUUGUAGCUCCUUUGCAUUUUCUGUAUUGGUGGAAAGCUAGCCAGAUUCAACUUACAUUGUUUUGUAGAAACUUUGAUUUAAAUCCCCCACUCACUCUUCAAAUUCACAUUUUGAAGGUUCAAUUAAGAUUUGCAAGAAAUCACAAUUGUAUAUAUAUUUUUCAAUAUUC